UGUGAAUGUGAAGUUCCUUAUAAAAAGGCACACUCAGACAUAAACCCUUUGUGAAAAACACUAGCACUAGCAACUCCACCACCAUGCCAUUAUCAAAAGCCACAUAGAAAGUUUGGCCUCCCCAAAACCCUUUUCCUUCAAUUCACCAAACUCACAACCAAAAUCUGUUCAUUAGUUUUCUUAUUCCAGCAAUCAAUUCGGCAUCCGAUUGGUGAUUCGAGAGAUGUGUAGUAUGCUAACAACAAUGAGGCAAAAUAUCCACAACAUAAGGAAAAGCCCUAGAGUAGCAGACGAGAGCAUGGUAAAUGUUGGAGCAGGGAACCCAGCACCAGCAGGAUUGCCAAUUUUUCCAGCUCACCAUGAUCAUCGUCACGUGGAUAGAAGAUCAUCCUUGCGUAUACGUUGGAUUAAGGGGUUUAGUUCAGUGUUCUAUAGCGUUGUACUCGUGCCAUUUUCUGCAAUUUCUUGCUUUUCUCAACCUCAUCAUGUUCAUGGUGCUGAUGGGGUGUGGGCAUCUGGUGAGUCCCAGAUAACGGAGAUGAAUCAACUAAUGGUAAGUGACAGCAUGCGCUAUGCCAUCUUGAUGUGAAAAAAAUGAAUGUAACAAUUGUUGUAGAUCAUCCUCUCUCUUUUGCAGCAGUACUACAUGCAUGGAUUGGCAAACGAUCGAUCGAUCAUGGUUACUUUUAGAUGACCAUCCAUGUAUAAUGUUUCCCGUAGUUUUAUCAAAGAUAUGUUGGUGAAGUACUACAUCUACAUAUAUACAUACAUAAAUAUAUAAAUAAUAGUAUAAUUCAGCUUUAAUUUGUUUUAUGAAUAAUAUGGCAUCGUGUGGCUGCUUAAUUUUAUUCUCCCUCAGUACUCUAUUUAGUCAUGUAUGUCAAGGAGAAAAAGUAAUUAUAUUAUUGGUGCUUUUGGCUUGAACCUUUUCAAA